AUGACAUCUAAACCAGAGACGAGGCCAGCCAGCAACCACAAAACCAGUAAGCUCCUGAGCAGCACGUUUGACCUUCCGUCCCACAAUGCACUGGCUCCGAUCCUUCCAGAAGACCGGCAGCCAGUCAGCCCCGGGGGGUCGGCCUCCCAGAGCCCUCCGGCUGAGGGGAGAGGAGCCAUGCCCAGCGAGGGGCAGCCGGCCUCCCCGUCCCAGCCGGGGAAGACCUACCAGGUUCUGCAUGCACACAAACGGCUACCUCUACCUGAUUUUAAGGCCGAGGAAAACACAUCUGAGAGGCUUACCCUUCAGACCAAGGACGUGGAGAGCUACCGCUCGGCCCUGGACAAGAUGGCGGAGGACAUGGUUGGUCUGAGGACGCUUGUGGUGACCCUGGAGGCGGAGAACAGCCGGCUCCUCUGCGACCUGUCGCUGCACCAGGACCUUGGCCAGCAGCUGUUGGACGACGCCGACUUCGACGUCAUGACCAAGGCUGAGAUAGCGGACCGGAUAGCCUAUCUGAAGUUCAAGCUGGCCAGUGAGAUGAGGAAGGCUGGUGGGCACCGGGACAAGGUGCAGCAGCUGCAGAACGAGAUGAUCAGGAGGAACGACCAUGAGAAGGAGCACGUGAGGCUGCAGAAGGCCUACCAGGAGCAGCAAAAGGAGGUGCAGCUCUGCCAGAGUCAUGUGGCUCGGGUGGCAAGCUUGGAGGCCACGGUGAAACAGCAGGAGAAGGUGAUUGAGAAGAUGGAAAAAGUGCUCGAUAACAGGUUGACAGAGAGGAAUAGAAAGAGUGAGGACAAAAAGCAUGUUGGGAAAAAACUGACAGAAGUUGACGCUGGAAGAGCAGAGAUGGAGCAGGCCCUGGCCGCAGAGAACGCUGGGAUAAAGCGUGAGCUAGAGCUGCUGAAUCAGCAGAUUUAUGCCUCUCGGGUGCAGCAGUCAGCACAGGCACCAAAGGUGUUUCCAGAAGAGGAGAGACUCACUUUGUUUCACAAAUUAGAAACAUCUGAAGCAAGAAUACGAACACUGGAGACUCAGCUGGCAGAGAACUGUAAACUAUGGGGGGAGGAGAAACAGGAAAUGUUGACCAGACUCAGUGAGACCAGACAUGGAUUGGGAUGA